AUGGGAAAUCAGCAAGUUUUCAUAAACUAUGAUUCUGACCUUGUUUUUGUACAAGACUUAAAUGAUUAAUUAUUGGAUAAAGGAACUUGGAAGCAUCCUUCUUUGGGAUCUAUUAAAUUAUGGUAAAUUAAAAAAAACCCAUAACAAUUGUUAUUUUCUAUAGUAAUGUUUGUUUAUUAUCAAAGAUUAUCUAAACAUCAAAUUUGGAUUCAUAAUUAUUAUAAAUCCAUUAAUCAAGAAGUAUAAUGAAACAUUCAAAUUUAUUAAAAUAUUAUGCUUGUUCAAAGUCAAUAGAAUUAGGAGGUGUAGAGAAAUAAUAAUAUUUUUUUGAAUAUCAUUCAAAAACCUUAAAAUAAAUCACAAUGGAGGCUCCAUUAAAAGAAGAACAAAUUUGGACUGUAUUUAAUUUUAUAAUAUUAAGUUUGUUGAAUAAAUAAUAGAUGUAAUGGAAUAUAUAUAGAAAUUGAAUAAAUAUCAUGGAAACUUAACAUCAGAAGCAAUAUUUAUCGAUGAGAAUAAUAAAGCUAAACUAAUUGAUAAUUUAGGCUAAAACCGUUACAAAAAAGAUUGGAUUUCUGAAGAUAUAUUUUAAUUAGGAUUAAUAUGUCUAGAAAUGAUGACUCAAAGGAGUAUUAUUUAUGAAUUAUUAACUAUUAGCAAGUCAGUUGAAUUUUAGUAAUGCUUUAAAACAAUUAAUUGGUAAAUACAGUUUAUAAUUACUAUAACUAACACGUAAAUUAUUAUAAAAUGAUACUGAAAUGAGAUUGGAUUUCAUUGAAUUAAAGAAUAUUGUAAAAAAUAGAUUUUCAAUCCCAAUUACUAUUAAGUAAGCAAAAAUUAUUAAGACUGAAUAAGGGUAUUAAUCUUGUUCUACUGUACAAAUUUUUGAUGAAGAAGAAAUAGCAAAAAUUAAACAAAUACAAACUUAAAAUUAAAAAUAGAUCAUAAAUACCAAAAAUAAUAUAAAUAAUAAUGAAAAUCAAUAAAUUAAGGGAAAUUAUUUAUAACAAUUAAAAUAAUUAAAUGUUUAUCCAUAAAAAUUAUAAACUGAAUCAGAUUUCAGGAAAAAGAAUUCAAUUCAAUAGGUUUCCAUAAAUAUUUAUAAACCUUAACCACAAUCUAAUAAUAACAUAUAAUUACAUAGAAAUCAUCAAAUUAUUAUUAAACACUAAUAAAGAUAUUCAUUAUAAUAAUAAAACUCAUAAGUUACCAGUAGAAAUCCUUCACCAAAAGAUAAGAUUUUAUUUUCCUAAGUAAAAUAAUCAUAAUAACCAGAAAACAAUAAUCUUCGAAUGAAAUAAGCACUAGAAUUAUUGGAUAAAAUAUACAAGAAUUAAAAUAAUGAGUAAUCAAAACAAUCACAAAAAUUUGAUAUGCUUUCCUCUAUUGAUUCUAGUCAUAGCACAUAAUUUUAUUUUUCACAAAAUAAAAGAUAAUAGUCAUAAUAGAAUAAUAAAAAUUCUGUAAUCUAAACACCUAGUCAUAGAUUCUAACAUGUAAAUAAUAUUUUUAUUUAAUAAUUAGAUGCAAACAUGUUCGUUCCAAAGUAUUCAUAAAAAGAAUGAAAUUUGA